CUUGGAUCCUCCUUACAAUAUAAAUAGAGCAUUCUAAUACAAGCAUCAGUGACAUACAGUUCGUUCAACAUGAAGAUUGCAGUGCUCGCCCUCCUCGUCGCCGUGGCCUGUGCCGACCGGCUGUACGCGCCCCCAGCUCGGGAUGACUCCGACGAGGUCGCCAUCCUGAGGGACGACCGCGUGAUCGAGGACGACGGAAGGUACAACUUCGACAUGGAGACUGCCAACGGCAUCGUCUUUUCCGAGUCUGGCUCUCCUGGAAAAGAUGGAGGCAUCAACAGUGCCGGAUCCUUCUCGUACACUGCCCCUGACGGCACCCCUAUCCACGUCCGCUUUGUAGCUGACGAGAACGGCUUCCAGCCCCAGGGCGCCCACCUGCCCGUGGCUCCCGAGUUCCCCCACCCGAUCCCUCAGUUCGUCCUCGACCAGAUCGCCUUCGCCGCCGAGGAGGACGCCGCCCGCGCUCGCCAGGAGU